GCCAUGCAUUCGACGCUGCGAUGGCUGAGAUCGAGUCUCUUCAUUUCUCUGUUGGAAUCCUCGGAAUCUCCGGCGGCUCCUUAUUGCUUCUGGUAAAUAACUAUGCCAGUUCUACACAAGAUUUCCUCCCCCAUACUGCACUGGGGAUACUGCUGCUUGUCGUAGCUGCACUUUUGGCCUAUGUCGGAGUGUGCCGCAGCCUGUCCCAGUCCGAGCUGUUCUCUAAUCUGUGUCUGACUGUGUCUGCCCUGUGGUUUGGCUCUGGCCUGAUCUACAUCCUGUCAGGGGAGGGGUUCCUGCAGGAGACGGAUGGGCUCCGCUAUGCCCUUAUCCCAGGCCUUGCAGCCUUCACCCUGGCUCUCCUUAUCCUGGGCGUUGUGGCCAUCCUCCAAAGGAAUAUUUUCCUCUUUACCAUCUCCCUAAGCAUCAGCAUGGCUUGUGCUCACCAGAUUGCAGGCCUGUCAGACGCUCACUUUGGCCAGGGUGCCACAGCUUCCAACUACCUCCUUGUCUGUCUGGUGGGUCUAUACUUUGGCAUUGGCCGUUUGUUGUCCAACAUCACUUGUUGUAAGGUUGAGCUCCCAGGCACCGGACUUAAAAAUAAGUCAGGGCUCCGGCCGGGUUCUCUUACCCCGGCACACAAUGAUGUGAUCUCAGUAGGCCUGGUAAUGAACCUGCUGUCUGCCAGUGUGUUAGCCUGCCCUCUACUAGGCAUAGUACCCCAUCUGUUCUCAGGUCACGUCCCUUGGCUGUGGACCGCAGGGGUGUUCCAGACGGGCGUGUGCAUCCUGUCAUACCGGACCAAGGACCCACUCACCGCUACCUUCUUUGGUUUUACUGCUAUGCUGAAGUUUGCAGAGGGCUAUACCGCUCUACUCACAGCCUUCUCCCUCAAACCUUCCUCGUCCAUCCCCUUCCCCAUCGUCUUUUCUGUGCUAUUUUUUAUAUUGGCUGUGUUCAGCUGCCAGAUGAGUCUGACCGUGGGGCUCUACCAGCUCUUCUUUGUGCCCUACUGCAUAUCCAUUGCUACCCACUCACAAGGCUUCCACUACAGGGGCACACAGGGUGUGCAGGGUGCCAUAUUUGUAGUUUCCACCAUCAUGCUAUUCAUCAGCCUAUACAAUCAUGGCUCCCCCACACGUAAAAUUCCCACAGGGGAGGGGUUAUUCCAGUCCCUGGUGACGAGAGUUAGCAGCCUCACCCUCAAGCCCCACGACAAGCAUCUCCAUGCACCAUACUUGGGCACCUCCAAGUAUGCAGAUGCCGAGGUUCUGGGCUACGGUUGCAGCGUUCUUGCAUCCUUUGCAGUCACAACCAGUGUUGGUGUUGCAGGGCCCUUGUCUGUACUGGUCCUGCCCUGGGUGGUGGUGGCAGGAGGCCUGAUGCAGCUGCUUUGUGGCUCUGUGGCUUUCUCACGAGGGAAGACAUUAGAGAGCACUGCCUUCAUCCUCUAUGGAGUCAUGUGGAGCAUCUGGGGACUGACUCGUUACGGUGGCCUGUAUGGGGACACACGGGGGUUGAACUUAGCGGUGGGAGUUAUAGGCUUUAUUCUGUUUAACUGUCUGGUGAUCGUGGGGACCUUGUUCCUAAAUGUGGCCUGGUUCGCCUACGCCCUGACCUUUCAGCUUAUCUUGAUUAGCUUUCUGUUGGAUGCACUGGGCGUUCUCCCCUAUGGCUACGACAUUGCGGUCACCAUCAUCUUUGGCCUGGUGAGUUUCUACUGCUUCCUGGCUCACAUCUUCAACAGCACCUUCCAGAUCCCCCAGAUCCCCUUGGGAGAGCCAAUCAUGAAGCUCCGAGGGGUGGGAGGAGCCAGGCACAUCUGUCCUCAUGUCCCCGCCAGGAAGGCCUUUUCUGUGCUGCAGAUCGCUGAAAUCAUGAUGAAUGGAGGCAUUUGUGGGAUGCCAACAGACACUGUCUAUGUGUUAGUGGCAGCCUGCAACAGGCCUGAAGCUGUGCAGAAAGCUUUCAGAGUUAAGAAGCAGGCCCAGGAUCGUCCCAUGUCAAUGUGGGUAUCCUCCAUCCAACAGCUGGAGCCUGUCAGACACCUCCUGAGUCCUCUACUCUGGGACUUUAUGCAGGCUGCUUGGCCAUCCUCCAUCAGCUUAGUCAUCCCCAGGGGCCAGUGGAUGGAUAACUUUGGCUUGGGUGAGGCAGCCAAACACAUUGGCACCCCUCAGAGCAUCGCCAUCAGAAACCCAGACUGUGCAGUGGCCACACAUCUUAUGAGCCUGGUGGGGCCUAUUGCUGUCACCUCAGCAAACCCCACAGGAGAAGCAGAUACCACCCACCACAACCAAGUCUAUGCCAAGCUAGGAGACAAGGUGGAUGGGGUGUUGUGUGAUGGUCCAUCCCCAGAAAAUAUUGCCUCCACGGUGGUAGACUGCACCAAGAUUGAGAGCGGUCACAUUGGUUUCUUCAGAGUAGGAGUCAUUCCCAAAUCUAAGGUGCUUCAAAUCUUCGAGAAUGUCCAGAGAAGACACAUGCAUGGUCAUAUUAAUACAGCUUUUGAAGAGGACCUUGCAUAUCCAGGCAGACAGACUGACCUGGGAGCAGAUUUCAGCUCAGCGUCCUCAUCAGACUCCUCUCUACCCUCCUAACGUGACAAGCGUCCAGUCCCUGGAACUCUUGCGCACCUCUCCAAUAUGAUCGAGCACAGCUGCUCGAUCAUAACUGUUAUGUUGUAUUAAAACAAUAAGUGUGUGGUCUCUUAAUGGAAAUCCUGAUUUGUGUGUAUGUGGGAAGGGAUGAAGAGAGAAUGAGAGAGAGACGUAACAUAGGGAUAACUAUGCAAAGCAUAAGCAUAACUGCAGACCAUUCAGUAGAUAUCAUGUCUCAAGUUUUUGUCGUUUCUAUAGAACAAGGAAUUCAUGAAGUAAUUUAAUAUGUAAAAACAAAAAAACAAAAAAUAACUAUGAUGUUAUUAGCACAAAUGAAGAUCUGUUCUUUUCUAUUUAGUAUUUAAAGAACUGCGAGAAUGAAAACCAAAUAUUUAAUGGUUGUAUAAAAUGCAUUGAGCAAAUAAUGCAUCGUAUGCAGAUGUAAGAAUUUCGUGUUUUUUACAAUAAUAAAUAAAUAUAAAUAAAGAUAUGAUGUUCUAUGCA